UGUGUGUGUGUCAUGUUGGAUACGUGCAUGUGUGAGUGUCAGCGUGCGGGCUGCUUGCUGUAAUCAGGCCAUGGACUGCAGCUUGUCCGCCACCUCGGGAGGAGGCACCGCGAGCCGGAAAGACGACGGCGCGUGAAACCGACCGAGAGCAUAAAGAAGGCGCGUGGUCGGGGCUUGUUGCCGUUCGUUCCCACAGAGCCGCAGUACACUCGGAGUCGCGUGUGAUUUGGAAUUGGUGUGCGUGUGCAGCGGUUUUCUACAGUCCGUGGUGUGAACCCGGGUUCCGAACCACCAGGCCAGCUUCAGUCACCCAGCAGCCGGCUAACAACUCCUCCACUCGGCUCCCCUAGCAGACAUGUCCCCGUCCCUGGUGUGGCUCUCCUUGGCACUGCCGACGCUGCUGUGCCUCUUACACGGCGCUCCUGUACAGGGGGCGACUCCGGAGUGUGAGGCCAACCAGUUCCAGUGUGGGAACGGCCGCUGCAUCCCGUCGGUGUGGAAGUGUGACGGCGACCCAGACUGUACGGACGGCAGCGACGAGACCUCCUGUGAGAAGCUGACCUGUGCGGAUUCUGACUUUGUGUGCACUAAUGGCCAGUGUGUCCCCAAGCGCUGGCACUGUGACGGAGAGCCAGACUGUGAGGAUGGCUCUGACGAGAGCUCGGAGAUCUGCCACAUGCGGACGUGUCGUGUGAACGAGUUCAGCUGCGGGGCCAACCAGUGUAUUCCUGUCUUCUGGAAGUGCGACGGGGAGAGCGACUGUGAUAAAGGAGACGAUGAAGUCAACUGCAGCAACAUCACGUGCGCGCCCAACGAGUUCACGUGCGCGAGCGGCCGCUGCAUCUCCCGCAACUUUGUGUGCAACGGCGAGGACGAGUGCGGCGACGGCAGCGACGAGGUGGGCUGUGCUCCGUCCUCCUGCGGGCCCAGCGAGUUCCAGUGCGGCAACGCCUCCUGCAUCCCCGUCAGCUGGGUGUGUGACGAGGACGUCGACUGCCAGGACCAAUCGGACGAGUCCCACACCCGCUGCGGCCGGCACCCGACCCCCCCUGCCAGGUGCUCCUCCAGUGAGAUGCAGUGCGGCUCAGGGGAGUGCAUCCACAGGAAGUGGCGAUGCGACGGGGACAGCGACUGCAAGGACGGUAGCGACGAAAGCAACUGUCCUGUGCGUACCUGUGGGGCUGACCACUUCAAGUGUGACGAUGGCGGCUGUAUCCCUGGCAACCGCCAGUGUAAUGGUCUGCGAGAGUGCACUGACGGCUCAGACGAAAACAACUGCAAAAACGUGACCCAGUGCAGCGGGCCAGAGAAGUUCCGCUGUCGCAGUGGGGAGUGCAUCGAGAUGACCAAGGUGUGCAACAAGGCCCGGGACUGUCCCGACUGGAGCGACGAGCCCAUCAGCGAAUGCAGUGUGAACGAGUGUCUGCUGAACAACGGCGGCUGCUCCCACAUGUGUAAGGACAUGGUGAUCGGCUUCCAGUGCGACUGCACCCCCGGCCUGCAGCUCAUCGACCACAAGACCUGCGGAGACAUCAACGAGUGUGUGAACCCUGGCAUCUGCAGUCAGAUCUGCAUCAACCUGAAGGGAGGCUACAAGUGUGAGUGUCACAACGGCUACCAGAUGGACCCCACCACGGGGGUCUGCAAGGCUGUGGGCAAGGAGCCCUGCCUGAUGUUCACCAACCGCCGGGACAUCCGGCGGCUGGGCCUGGAGCGCCGGGAGUACACCCAGGUGGUGGAGCAGCAGAGGAACACGGUGGCACUGGACGCAGACUUCAACCAGCAGACCAUCUUCUGGGCGGACCUGGGCCAGAAGGCCAUCUACAGCACGGUUCUGGGCAAGAAGGCGGAGCAGGGUAUCCACACCAUGGUCAUCGACAACGUGCAGACGCCCGUGGGCAUCGCCGUUGACUGGAUCUACAAAAACAUCUACUGGUCCGACCUGGGCACCAAGACCAUCGCCGUGGCGACCUUCAACGGCACCAGGCAGAAGGUUCUGUUCAGCAGUGGUCUGAAGGAGCCCGCCUCCAUCGCUGUGGACCCGCUGUCUGGGUUCCUGUACUGGUCUGACUGGGGGGAACCAGCGAAGAUAGAGAAGUCGGGGAUGAAUGGAGCCGGCCGACGGACCCUGGUGGAGACGGACAUCCAGUGGCCGAACGGCAUCACCCUAGACCUGAUCAAGGGCCGGCUGUACUGGGUGGACUCCAAGCUGCACAUGCUGUGUAGCGUGGACCUGAACGGGGACAACCGGCGGAAGGUCCUGCAGUCCUCAGAGUUCCUGGCUCACCCCUUUGCCCUCACCGUGUUCGAGGACCGCGUGUUCUGGACGGACGGGGAGAACGAGGCCAUCUACGGAGCCAACAAGUUCACGGGCUCUGACGUGGUGACGCUGGCCAGCAACCUGUACGACCCCCAGGACAUCAUCGUCUACCACGAGCUCAUCCAGCUCUCCGGUCCCAACUGGUGUACAGAGAAGGGGGAGAAUGGGGGCUGUGCCUACCUGUGUCUCCCCGCCCCCCAGGUGAAUAAGCACUCCCCCAGGUACACCUGCGUGUGUCCCCAGGGCCAGGAGCUGGCGGAGGACGGACUGCGCUGCCGACCAGAAGCCAACGUGAGCACAUCCAUCCACGAGGUUGAUUCUGCAAACAGAGCGUCAACUGCUGCAUGGGCCAUCCUACCUGUUUUGUUGUUGUCGAUGGCGGUUGCCGGAGCUUACCUGAUGUGGAGGAACUGGCAGCUGAAGAACCAGAAGAGCAUGAACUUUGACAACCCGGUGUACCUGAAGACCACCGAGGAGGACCUGAGCAUCGACAUCAGCCGACACGGAGCUAACGUAGGACACAAUGUAGGACACAACGUGGGACACACCUACCCAGCAAUAUCUAUAGUGAGCACAGAGGAUGACUUGUCCUGAUCGUUUCCAUGGCAACCACCAACACCCACCCCUACCCAGUCCAGCCCCAUCCCCUGUGCUCCGGGUGUUGCAUGGCGCCCCUGGCGUUUCCAUGCGGUCCGCGGCAACAGCAGCCAGACCUUAUCGCGGGACCGCAGGCCCUCUGAAGUGCAUUACGUCAUUGCUCCAGAUGGUCGCAGGAGGGGGUGGGGGGGUAUUUAUUAUGUGAAUAUUAUAAUGAAAUGGUGUCCAGUAUGUUUUCGCACAGUGUCGGGUUGGGGGUGGGGGGGGAAUCUUGCGCUAUUUGUGCCAGCGAUGACGGCCAAUGAGAGGGGAGCAGAAGAACAGUCUGGCCAAUGAGCUGUGAGCAGAACGGUGUGUGCUCACUUUGUCUAGUGGUCCAGCUGGUCUCCUAAACACCCUCCCUGACUAGGAUGGGCCACAUCUUCCUUCUGCUGUCGGGGGCUCGCUGCUGUUAAGGGUGUGGGUGCGGAGUCUGAAGGUAUAAACAGGAUAACCCCUGGAGAGGGGAGGGCUGGUUGGGUGGCUUUAGUUAGUUCAGAUUUCUUUCCAACAUUAUUUGUGUCGGAUCACAUUCGGACCAAACAAGGUUGAAAACAAAUGAGGCGUCCUAAUUAAACGGCCUGGUCUGGUUGGAGCGAGAUGACCCAGACCCCCCUGAUCAGCCAGUCAACCCUCGCUCUGACAACCAAACCUGUAUUAAUAUUUAUGUUUGUUUGGACAAUGUCGUGCGAAGAUGUACAUUAAUUUAUUAUCCGGUUUUUGUUUUCAUUUUCUUAAUGAACCAUUACUUCCUGACAGACGUUAUCUUGUGGGACGAGGUGUUAGUUUUCUUUUCACUGUUAAUAAUUAUGUAUUAUCGAAAAUGUGCGAGUUGCCAUGGUUACAGCGUUUUGUACAUUCUAUACAUUUAAUUCCAUAAUCCUCUGACAUGACAGCCGAUCAGGACUCCCUUUCUCUCAAUGCACUUUGAUCAAAUGUUCCUUCUGUAAAUAAGAUUGUAUACAUUUGACUUGAGAUAAUUUUUUGCUAUGGUUGGGUACAUUACCAGGGUUAUAAGUAUUUAACAAACGAGAUAUUAAAAUGUCAAAGAAACUAGACCGAAUUUGUUAAAAGAUAUUUUGUAUGUUUGUGUGCUGUUGUACGUUUUUCUAGCCUUGUACAGUCUGGGGAAUUAAGAUUUAAACACACUGUAUCUGUCAACAAGCUGAUUUGAAAAUCAAAAUUCAAAAUAAAAGCUGAGCUACAGUUCAUCUGAAA